AUGGCCGCCGAGGAAGGAGGUGGCGAGCCCCAUAACAACAUGGGGAACCACCUACAGCUGGUGCCCGCAGAGAGCGAGGAAGAGGAUGACAAUGAAAUGGAAGUUGAAGAUCAAGAUAGUAAAGAAGCUGAAAAGCCAAACGUCAUUAAUUUUGAUACCAGUUUGCCAACAUCGCAUAUGUAUUUAGGCUCUGAUAUGGAAGAGUUUCAUGGAAGAACGGUGCAUGAUGACGACAGCUGUCAGGUGAUUCCAGUGUUGCCCCACGUGAUGGUGAUGUUGAUUCCUGGACAGACGUUACCUCUUCAGCUUUUUCGCCCUCAAGAGGUUAGCAUGGUGCGGAAUUUAAUUCAGAAAGACAGAACGUUUGCUGUUCUUGCAUACAGUAACGUACGUGAAAGAGAAGCACAUUUUGGAACAACAGCAGAAAUAUAUGCGUACAGAGAAGAGCAGGAAUAUGGAAUUGAAACAGUCAAAGUGAAAGCAAUAGGAAGACAGAGAUUCAAGGUGCUUGAAAUAAGAACCCAGUCAGAUGGAAUCCAGCAGGCUAAAGUACAAAUCCUUCCUGAGCGAGUGCUGCCUUCAACAAUGUCAGCAGUACAGCUGCAGUCUCUCAGCCGAUGCCAUGUAUUUCCUUCUUCGAAACCUACAGUGUGGCAGGACCGAGCUAUACAUCAAUGGUGGCAGAAAUAUCAAAAGAGGAAGUUCCACUGUGCAAGUUUGACAUCUUGGCCUCCCUGGCUCUACUCUCUAUAUGAUGCUGAAACCUUGAUGGAAAGAGUCAAGAGGCAGCUACAUGAAUGGGAUGAAAAUCUUAAAGAUGAAUCUCUUCCAACAAACCCAAUAGAUUUUUCUUACAGAGUCGCUGCUUGCCUGCCGAUUGACGAUGCAUUACGUAUACAGUUGCUUAAAAUAGGUAGUGCUGUUCAGCGACUCCGGUGUGAAUUAGAUAUUAUGAACAAAUGUACAUCUCUUUGUUGUAAGCAAUGCCAAGAUACAGAAAUAACUACCAAGAAUGAAAUAUUCAGUUUAUCCUUAUGUGGACCCAUGGCCGCAUACGUGAAUCCUCAUGGGUACAUCCAUGAAACCCUUACUGUAUAUAAAGCCUGCAACUUGAAUCUCAGUGGACGACCAUCGACAGAGCACAGCUGGUUUCCUGGGUAUGCCUGGACCAUAGCCCAGUGCAGAAUCUGUGGGAACCAUAUGGGAUGGAAGUUCACAGCUACCAAAAAGGAUAUGUCACCUCAGAAAUUCUGGGGAUUGACACGGUCUGCUCUCCUGCCUCGGAUUCCAGAAACAGAGGAAGACUCUGGCCACGAUAGAUCACCGUUACUCUGCCUGUAAUCUAGUAACCUGCUUUGGAGACAAACAGGCAGUAGCCUGUCUCUUAAAUGCAUCUGCUCAGUUCUGCUUCUGAUGCUUACUUAAACUUAAAAAGCCCAAGAACCCACACACAGAAAACAACCAAACAAGUAGACUCACUACAUUUGGGUUUGGUGUGCAUCCACA